CAGUCUGGUUGGAGUAGACACUCAGACGCUUGUAGUCAUUCCAAACCAUAGCGGAUAACUGAUAGCUGUACACUCACGAGGUCCACUGUACUUACAUUUAAAUAGUAAAUUAGGGUGCCAUCCCAUACAAAUGGACAAGACUGAGUGAAGACGUGUAAAGAUUUUCUAAGAGACCUAAUCUGGCUAUUCAGCCAUGUCCGAUGCUGCACGGGAUCUGGACGAGCUGUGCUAUCUCACAGCUCAGUGUAUGACGUCGAUGGUGACCUCAGAGCAUUUUCGAGUAAUCAAGAAGCUAGGAGAGGGGUCAUACGGCAAAGUCAUGCUGGCUGUGCACAAAAAGAGAGGCACACCUAUGGCACUAAAGUUCUUCCCUCGCUGCUCUACGACUCUGCACACCUUUCUGCGUGAAUACAACCUCUCCCUCUCCUUCUGUACUCAUCCCUCUCUCACACGUGCCCUUGGAAUCUUUUUCUCUACGCCCUCCCACUAUAUCUUCGCCCAGCAGGCUGCUCUCUAUGGAGAUCUCUACGAUGUCAUUGUGUCAGAUAUUGGGGUGAGCGAGGUGCAGGCUCAGAGUGUGAUGUCCCAGUUAAGUGGUGCUGUGUCUUACUUGCAUUCCCUGGGCUUUGUACACCGUGAUAUUAAACCAGAGAACGUGUUCCUAUGUGCUCCGAACUGUCGCUGGGUCAAACUAGGUGACUUCGGUCUCGUACGUCCUCACAGCACCCAAGUACGUGCCGUCUGGUACGAAUCCCCUUUCUGCGUGCCUGAAGUCGAACAGGCCAAGCACAAGAAGAAAGAAAGUGCAGGAAACCAAAAGAAAGAGGAAGUAGAGUAUAUCUGGAUGCCAGUGGAGCCCAGUUUGGAUAGCUGGGCCCUGGGGAUCCUCACAUACUGCCUGCUUACCAGUUGUUUCCCCUGGGAGGAGAGCACAUCAGAUGACCCAGGUUACCGCCAGUUCUGUAACUGGUUCAACAAUGUUAAAGAAAAGGAAGAGAGGGACAUGGGACAGAAAAGGCGAACGAACAGGAAGAAGAGAGGACGGGACAAUGGGGAGGAGGAGGAGGAGGAGGAGGCAGCAGUGGCCGUACCUUCUCAGUUUGAAUCUUUAAGCACUUUAGCUCUCACUUUGCUCAGGAGACUGCUGCACCCACUGCCCUUGCACCGUGCCAUGCCUGAUGAAAUCCUCUCCUACCUCGGGGGACCCUGGCUUCUGAAAACAGAAAAAGAAGAACAGAGGAGACAGCAGGAGGCACAGGAGGAAGCCAGGAAAAUAAUAGGUGGAGGAGGAAUAGAGAAAGAUGUCGAGAGGGAAAGGAAAAGGGAGAGAUAGAAAGACAGGCUGCUGUCAAAAAAUAUUUUUUAUAUUUUGUCCCUCAUCAAAAAAUUCCUGUGCAGGGAUUGGCUAAGGAUGGCUCAUGUGACAUAAAAUAAUUCCGCCACUGAUUAAGCAAUGUAUCUUGUGACAUUAAAAAAAAAAAUGGAUAUAGUAUGAGUCAGUCAUGGUGUACCCCAGUGGCGAACCAUUACUAUUAGAGCUGGGACUUGAGCUCGGCCAAAACUUAGCCAGACACCAAAAAAGCAACAGGGCAAAGGAUUUUGUAAGGGAUUAGUGGCAGGCUGCCAGGUCGCUCCAUUGUGUGUAGCUGUCGAUGUUGAUUUUAAAAGUAACUAAGUAAAUUACACAGGGAAAUGAAUACUUAAGCCUGAGUGAAAAAUAUUGUGGUGAGCGUACAGCAUGGAAGAAAAGUCUGGAGACAGAAAUCUUAGUUUCUCGGUUCUUAGCCUGUGCUAUUUGCUCUUGAUAGCACUGACUUGACUGCUUUAUUAGCAUUCGCUAACACUACUGAUGAACGCUACACCGGCUGGACGGUGAGUUCACUGCUGUGCUGACGGCGCCGAGUCGCAGUUAAGCUCACGCUGGCCUUCGAGAAGGGCUAGGGCGAUACGUUUUUGGUCCCUCCCACUAUAAAUCAAAAUCUGAUUGGUUAAUUCAUCUGUCACUUCCUACAUAAACAUACACUGCCAUGGCCUUCUGUCACGGCAAUGAAGUCCUAACCAAUGAGUGAGCAGCUCUAAACUCUUCUCAGCCUAGACACAACAAACAAAAAAAUCUCAUUGGAUAACUAGAUUUUAAUAUUUUCAGGACAGUAACCCUUUCAUUCCUGAAGCAAAUUUGAUAGAAAAUGAGGCUGAAUUAGAAUUAGAAGAGAAUAAGUUUAAUGAAAUUAUGAAUGAAUGAAAGCAACUAAAUAUAACAUUUGAAAUGCUGAUAUGUUUGGGCCUCCUCUGAAGGCCAAGAAGGCCCUGAUGGUUCCCUUCUGGUAUAUCCUGGAUAUAUAGGGUGACCAGAUUUCCCUAGUCUGAAACCGGGACACUUUUGCGUGCGACCAUGCUCGUGCACGCACACCUUUUUUUUACGUAAACGUGACACUCAGGUGCUCUUAUCAUUUUGUUGAAGCUCACAUUUAUCAACAUCUCACAUGAAAUAAAACAAACAGGCAUUUUGUUAUCUAGUAGCAUAGUGGUAUACAGAUCAGUUAAAUUAUGGUCAGACAACAGAUUUUGUAAUGGCUGAGAAUAGGCCAGGCUAUGUCCAUAGGCCAAAUUUAAACUGAUUUAUUUCACCUGUUUGUGAGAACACCAAGAAGAAUGGAUAUGCACAUGUAGGCUAUAUCUCUAAAAUUGUAUGCACUAUAGCAUGAACUUAAAAAGUAGAUAUGUAACCUCAACCUAGCCUAGGUCAGAAUCAACCUUACUAACCAUUCCCCACAACUGAAUGAAUAAAGCAAGAAGAUGUGUACAAAAGUGAACACUUUAAUGGAAGGUGCAACAAGCUGUUCAACACAGCAAUAUGGCCAAACUGUCAGAAUGGUAUGUUAAACAGAAACAAAAAAGAGACAAGUGAUUUGAGAAUAUACACUCAAACAAAACAGCAAUAAAGGAGGAGAGGGGCGACAGCCCGAGGAAAGCCCCCACAGGAGCGCACAUCAUUUGCACCAUAGGCUACCCAACUCAGUACAAGAACAAAGCACAGGAACAAAGCUAAGGCGACUGUCAAUCCACCCACCCUAAACAAAAUGCAUUAGUCUACAUAUAUUUACAAGAAGAGUGAUCCGUUUUAAUGUGAUCCUGUAUAUCGGCGUUACCACCGUGGGCUGCGGAGAAGGAACACUUACAGUGUGUGCAGUAGGCUUCGAGCGCAUUGUUCUGCACCUCUCGGAGGAAGGGGUAGGUGCCCUGUAAAUCUUUGGAAAAGGUACAUUUUCUUUUCAGCAUCAUUGCUGCGGCAUUACUGCUGCUAGCUGCUAGACAAAGAACAUUCGCGCCAGUUAAUGUUUAUUUUAUUGUUGCAUGGCAACACGUUCUGUUGUCUGGAAUAAUGUGGCUAAAUAAACACCCAUGCCACAGGGCCAGGGGGCAGUGACCAGGAAAGUUUGUGAUUCCUGUCAAUUCAUCAAAAUAGUAAAUGCAGACAUUUCUCCGCUAAUGAUUCCCACACUGCUCAGUCGCAAACGUCGCGAGUGGCGAAAACCGGGACAUAUCCGUGUCCUGACAGACUUUUGUCGGGACUCGGGACACACAACCCCAAAUCGGGACUGUCCCGGUAAAACCGGGACGUCUGGUCACCCUAUGGAUAUACCAUGAACUGAUGUCACAAUUUCAAGCUAUACAGCCGACUCAAGUCACAGCUGUGGCUCCGCUAGCGUUUCUGUGUGUAUCAUGAUCAUGUCUAGCAAGGCAGGUGAUAACAUGGUACAUUGCAAAUAUGCAGGUCGAAGGUCACGCUGAUGUAAACAACAAGCAUGGCUGCCUCCACUGAGUUUAUGUUGAGAUUCAAUCUUAACACUUUUAGUUUGGGAUUUUUUGAUGAGGGAUAUAAAUCAAAUAUACCAUGCACUGAGAGGUUCCGGUAAUUAUGGAUUCUCUUCAGUGACUGGCAUACAGAGUUGGACAAAGUACCCAAUUUCAUUACUUAAGUCAGAGUACAGAGCCCACUGGUCAAAUGUUACUCCGAUACAAGUGAAAGUUGUACAGUCAAAUUUUUACUUACGUUAAAGUACUGAAGUACUUGAUUUUAAAAAUACUUAAGUAUUAAAAGUACAUUUUCUGUCAAUGCAUUGUUGUAUUAUUGCCACAACGCUUACAAAACCUAACGCCGCUACCAAAGACAGAAAUGUGAAUUCACAAAAUGAACGCAUGUUGUGCCACCACGGUGGUUUAACGUUAAGCUAGCUAGUCUGUGAAGCUCCAUCUGACAUGCUAGCAAACUCUUUUCAAACUCAAAAUCAUAUUGGGUAGCUAACGUUACUAGAAAAGAAAUAUUUCUACAUUCUGUUUAUUUGGCAAGAUUAUGCUAAAACAUAUUUCUGAAAGCACUUCAGAUAACAUUCAGUUAACGUUAUUCAUGUUGGCGUAACUCCAUUUUUUACAUGCUGACUAACAGUGUCCAAGUUAACUAGCUAUGUGUAAACGUGGACAAGGCUAGGGCAAAUGCAUAGAAAGUCAUUUGACUAACCAGACUGCAUAGCUAUUGCAACAUUAUCGCUAGCUCUAAAAACACAGACAACUUCAUUACAAGCUUUCUCUUGGAAUAAAAUGUUUAUAUACCUCAGUAUGCUUCCGCAGGUUGAACGGUGAGUUUUUGUAGGCCAUGAUGUGGUUUGAUUUGGCAAACAAAGCAAACAUUUAAAACGAAAUGAAUCUUUAAUCCUUUCAGAAAACUGAAACACAGGUUCAUGGGCCAUGAGUGCAUGCAUUCCCCAGAAGAACCGCCUCCUUCCUUUCUGCCAUCAACUGAUCGUGUUUAAAUAAUCCUGCUGAGGAAUCAUUGAUCUUGAUUUUAUCCAGUCUAUGGACGUGCCAUGACCCUAGUGAUUACUGACAGGCUGUCUCAGUGUCACCUGCGAAAAAACGAAUCAUGUUUUAGAAAAGAAAAGAAAAAAACAUCCACUUUCAAAGCUGCUUCAUAGUAACAAGUAACGAGGACCUUGAUAGAAAUGUAGUGGAGUGAAAAGUAUGAUAUUUGUCUUUCAAAUGUAGCGAAGUUAAAGUCAUAAGUUUCCAAAAAAAAGAAUACUCAAGUAAAGUACAGAUACUCAAAAAGUGUACUUAAGUACAGCACUCAAGUAAAUGUACAUCGUUACUGUCCACCUCUGUUGGCAUAGUACUAUUUCCUUUGGGGCUAUGCCCCUCACAAAAUCGUACUACGCCAGUCACCUCAGAGAAUCUAUCAUUUCAACCGGAGCCUCUCAGUGCAUGGUAUAUUUGAUUACCGACUAGUGUUUGUAUUAUGUAUAGUAACGUCAUCAGACUGUAGUGUGACUUAUGUAUAAGUGUGAGCCAUGUUGAUAGAUGAAAAAAAUUUUUAUAUAUGAUAUACAAAUAUGAAUAUACAUUAUAAUCAGAUGAUUUUGAGAAAUGCAUGCCACAGAGUUGCCAUGGCAACUAUGUACUAAUUCAGCUACAGUAAUUGUACCAAAUGUAUGCAGGAACAUUUAUACAUACUGUAUAUUUUUACAAACUAACUUGGCCUAAGCAAAAACCUUGGGUCAGUUAGCACUGUCGCCUCACAGCAAGAAGGUUCUGGGUUCGAGCCCAGCGGCCGACAAGGGCCUUUCUGUGUGGAGUUUGCAUGUUCUCCCCGUGUCUGCGUGGGUUUCCUCCGGGUGCUCCGGUUUCCCCCACAGUCCAAAGACAUGCAGGUUAGGCUAACUGGUGGCUCUAAAUUGACUGUAGGUGUGAAUGUGAGUGUGAAUGGUUGUUUGUCUCUAUGUGCCAGCCCUGUGAUGACCUGGAGACUUGUUCUCGCCCAUAGUCAGCUGGGAUAAGCUCCAGCUUGCCUGCGACCCUGCACAGGAUAAGCGGUUACGGAUAAUGGAUGGGCAGUUGAAAAGUAUUUGUAUUUUUCAUGACAUGUUGACUUUUGUAUGUUAUAUAGUAUGAUGUUGAAAUAAUGUAUAACUUCACACAUGCUGAAAUUGCACUAGUUUGUUUAGCUGGAACUAGAAUAUUGUAAAGCAGCUGAUGGAUACACCAACUUGAUGGAUGGCUCCACAGCAAAUAAAGAAUAAAAAUAUGACUAUGGCGGGAAAUACUUGGCAGUCGGAAGUACUGGUGUUAAUAGCGAGGAAUUCACGAGCUCGUUGAACAUGCAAACUGACUCUAACGUGGUUCCUUCUGUAGACACCAUUGCUGAGGGCAGCUGAUCUAAAAUUACUGGUACAAACAAAACCUAGGUCUAUUUUUAAUGAGGGAAUUUUAAGAUACCUGAGAAUUUUCAGAUGGCUAGUACUUAUUUUUAUUAUUAUUAUUAAUUUUUUUAAAUUAGAGAUUUAUUUAACCUUACCUUUAAACAAUGUGCAAUAUUUUCCAGAACAGGUACAAAUGUUUCAGAUGAGUUUGUAUCGAAAAGUUUAAUUCUGUGUCUAAUAACUGUGAAUUUGUUAUUGAAUGUUUGAUGUACGGAGUGCAACUUCAUUUAUGUCUAUAAUG